AUGGAGUAUUUGCUUUCCCCAAGAUUCAGUGUGAUGCCAGCUACAGAAAAGGAAAACCAAACCUGCAUUACAGAAUUCAUCCUCCUGGGAUUUGAUGAUUUACCUGACCUUCAGGUUCCUCUCUUCCUGGUGAUCUACUUGGUGACAAUGAUAGGGAACAUUCUCAUUCUUAUGUUGGUGGUGACCAGUCAGCAUCUCCACACACCAAUGUACUUCUUCCUCAGUAACUUGUCUUGGCUGGAGACAUGCUACAGCUCCACCAUCCUAUCCAAGCUGCUGGCCAGCUUCCUGGCAGGCAACAGAAGUAUUUCCUAGAGCAGCUGCAUGACACAGUUUUUCAUAUUUGCUUUUUUAGUUGGUGUAGAGUGUUAUCUCCUAGUAGUGAUGUCUUAUGAUUGAUACUUAGCAGUAUGCAAACCUUUACAUUAUGUCACCCUAAUGAAUGGUAAGCUUUGUGUAGCACUAGCUGCAGGGGCCUGGGUAAGUGAUUUUAUGAUCAACUUUGUUAUCACACUGUUGAUGUCACAAAUGGUGUACUGUCAUCACAAUGAGAUUGACCAUUUCUUCUGUGACUUUGCCUCCAUGCUAACGUGUUCCUGCAGUGACACAUUUCUGAUAGAGGCUGUAACAUCUCUGAUAUCUGUUACAUGUACUAUGCUGCCCUUUCUUUUCAUUGUAACAUCUUGUAUUUUAAUUGUCAUCACCAUCUUGAGAAUCCCUUCAGCUACAGGAAGACAAAAAGCAUUUUCCACAUGCUCCUCUCACCUCAUUGUGGUUACUAUUUUCUAUUCAACUGUCAUUCUUGUCUACAUGUUACCAAAACCUUACAACCUCACAGCUUUUCAUAGAAUGUCCUCUGUCAUCUACACAGUAGUGACAACCAUGGUAAAUCCACUUAUCUACACCUUAAGAAACAAUGAAGUCAGAGGAGCUCGGAGGAAAGAAGUCUAG